CGCCAGCUCUCAUCCUUCUCGCGACUUCGACGGCCAUGCUACAUAAGCACGGGAGCCCAACUCCCAAUCACUCAAACCAACAAUCGGCUUCCAUCUUUCUGAGCAGCUAUUCCACUAUCAUCCACCUUUUCAUCAGCGGCAUGUCGACGACCGACACCAGCUCACCCAAGGACGCUCCGGUUCCGGCUCCAGCGAGCGACGCUCCGUCAGCAGCAGCGGCCGCCGGCGAGCCGACGGUGAUAAAGACGGUGCAGACGGUGGAGGUGACGCAGUCUGCGGGGCAAGAGGAAGGGCAGGGCACGAUCAAGCCGGUCGAGAUUGUGCACGAGAUCCCGGCCGACGAGCCUGCUCCGAAGCAAGAGUAGCAGCACAGCAAUUUGGGGGAAAAAUGUGUGGUUGGUCGGCGAGCCGUUUGCAAUUGCUAUUUUCUGGUUGAGUGAAAGGACAGCUCCUGUUAUGUUUGUGUCCGAUGAUCUCAUGAUUUGAUCGGAGUACCUAUUGUUUCGGUACAAAUAAGAAUGAACUUACGAGCAUGUA